AUGGUGAACUACGCGCACGAAAAUCCCCGACCGAAGACCGGGAUAAACGUCAUCAUCGUUGGAGCAGGCUUCGGCGGGCUGACUGCGGCCAUCGAAUGCCACCGCCAGGGCCACAACGUGCAGAUCUACGAGUCCUUUCCCGAACUCAAGUCGCUGGGCGACAUCAUCUCGUUCGGCCCCAAUGCCGGCCGCAUCUUUUAUCGUUGGGGCAAGACGGAGGGAGAAAUUGCGGACCGCAUGCGCCCGCUGAGCAUCGACCUCUCCAACUACGGCUUCCGCAUCCACAAGUACACCGGCGAGCACAUCAUCACCCAGCACGCCCCGCCCCGCGUCAAGGAGGCCCCCGUCUUCAAUGGCCACCGCGGCGAACUGCACACGAUAGUAUUUGAGUAUGCGAGGGACGAAUUGGGCAUCCCGAUCCACCUGGGCCAGCGGAUCGUCGAGUACUUCGAGGAUGGCGAAAAGGCCGGCAUCGUGCUGCAGAGUGGGGAGAAGGCCACCGCGGACCUCGUCCUCGGCGCCGACGGCGUGCGCUCCAAAGCCCGCGAACUCGUCCUCGGCUACGCCGACGCGCCCAAGAGCAGCGGCUACGCCGUCUGGCGCGCCUGGUUCCCCAACACCGACAUGCUCGCCGACCCGCGCACGCGCGAUUUCUGCGCGCACGGCGACACGUUCAACGGGUGGAUCGGGCCCGACGUGCACUUCCUGUUCAGCACCAUCAAGGGCGGGUCCGACUGCUGCUGGGUGCUGACGCACAAGGACGACGCCGACAUCGAGGAGUCGUGGUCGUUUCCCGGGAAACUUGAAGACGUGUUCGAGGUGCUGGAGGGGUGGGAUCCGAUGUGCAAGGCGAUUGUGGAGAAGACGCCGAGUUUGGUGGAUUGGAAGCUCGUGUAUAGGGACCCCCUGCCGACGUGGGUGAGUAAGAGGGGCAGGAUUGCGUUGUUGGGGGACUCGGCCCAUCCGUUUUUGCCGACGAGUGCGCAGGGCGCGACGCAGGCGAUGGAGGAUGGCGUGACGAUCGCGGUGGCGCUGAGGAGGGCGGGGAAGGCGGGCGUGCCGUUGGGCGUGAGGGCGUAUCAGGAGAUUAGGUAUGAUCGUGUCAAGGCGGUGCAGAAGACCGGGGAGACGACGAGGGAUAUGUGGCAUAAGACGGAUUGGGAGAAGGUGAAGAGGGAUCCGACGAGCAUUCAGCUUCCGCGCGAGGAUUGGAUCUUUCAGUUUGAUGCGGAGAAGCAUGCGGAGGAAGUGUUUGAUGAGGUUGCGCAGAAGCUCAGUGGGUCUGUUGAAGCGAGACCAUCACUUUGA